GGAUUGUCUUAUGAGAACGUUGAUCAAGAGGGAUAAAAACAACAGCACUGGAGAUGUUUUCCUCAGGUUAUCCCAGAAUUGUAGGCAUGAAAUAUUUCCCAAGUAUAACUACUCUCAUUCUCAUUGGACAAGGUAUUCAAAAGAUUUUAGACCCAGAGUACUGCCUGUUGCUCAAAGAGCUGUGGAUUGCUGAAUGCUGUUUAGUGAAAAUAGAUGGUCUACAAAACCGGGUAAAUUUGCAAAAGCUUUAUCUUUAAUGCAAUGAAAUUUCCAGGAUUGAAAAUCUGCUAGUCCUAACAAAGCUGAAUGUCCUUUGGUUGAAUAAUAACCUGAUCAAGAAUAUAGAGGGCUUACAUACUCUGCAGAAUUUGCAAGAGGUCAACCUCACUGGAAACUUAGUAGAAAAAAUAGGAAGAAUAAUCAACAGCCAAGAUUCUAGGACACUUAAUGUGUUGCAGGGGAUCCAUACCCAGUUUCAAUUCUGCCGGGAUGAUAAUUAUUUGAACCUGGUGUCUCAAGCCUUAGGGAAAGCAAUAAUUGCAAAAGUUUUCCUUGGCCGCAGUGCUCCAGCUUGUGCAAUGAAUUCCAUCUAUCAAGUCAACUACCCAGAAGCUAAUUCAGUAUUCAGGCCAUGGAAAUGUCUAGAAAGUGAUGCAUCUACUUCUGGCAACGAAAUGUGGGCUUCCUUGGAACAGAGAAAUUGUGACUACAGCUAUUGGCAUUGUGAGUGGUUUGUGUUUGACCAUGAACUGGUCCUGCCAGAAUACAUUGCUGAGUUUGAGCACGUUACGCUGGUUUUGAAUUCGAAUGGGAACAGCCUGAGCAAGCUGCAGGACAUUUCUAGACUUAAAAACCUUCAAAAGCUUAUCAUCAGUUUUAAUGAAUUUGCUUCCUUAAAAAUUUAUGACCUACCCAAACGGGAAUAUUUUGAUGCAAGCCAUAACCAUGUGAUAACACCUGAGGGCAUUAGAGGCUUACGCAAACUGCAGUUCUUCAACCUGAGCUGGAACCAGCUGAAAAAGUCCAGGGAAGAUAUAAACGUCUUACAUAACCAAUCCCAACUUAUUCUUAACAUCACACACAACCCAUGGCAUAAGCCUGCCUCAUUGCAGCUGAGUGUCAUUGGCCAAUUAAAGGCUCUCACUAACCUAGAUGGAGUCCUGUUUUCUAAUGAAGAAGCUGCAAAAUCAUUACAAUAUAUUGCAGGAUCAAAGAUGGCCCAGGUGUCUCUGUUAGAAUAUUCUAGGACUGAUGAAGAAACAACUGUCAUUCUCAGUUUAUUUCCUUACGCUAAAAUUUUGUCUCAAAUUUUGAAGAACAAGGUGGAUUCGCAGAUGCAUUGUAAUAACUGGUAUUCAAUGAUCACUGUCUUAAAUCUGGAUGACCAACUCUUCAAAAUUUCUAACUUGGAAAAAUUGGAGCAUUUAAGAUGGGCAUCAUUUAGCAACAACAGUCUCACACUAAUAGAAGGAAUAGAGUCUUGUCUUAACCUCGAAGAACUCACUUUAGAUGAAAACUACAUUUCAACACUAGAUGGAAUUUCAAAGCUCACCAAACUUACAAGACAUAGUGUAAAUAAUAACCAUCUUAUCAGCCUCAAAAGACAUGUGUUUGAAAAUCUGUCUUAUCCGUAUUACAUUUCCAUUGAGAACAACAGAAUCACAUCUUUAGUUGGUUUAAAGAAAACUUACUCCCUAAAAGAGCUAUACAUAAGUAAUAACUUUGUUUAUACCAACCAAGAGACACAUCAUUUAAAGGGUUUAACUAAUCUGAUAAUUUUGGACAUGGAGCCAACAGAAGGAGAAGGUGCAAAAAAUUUGCUUGGAGGCAAACUCACCUCUGACAUGAUUGCAGAUAGACUGGGACAUUCAGACUUCACAGAAAUGCAAGAAUUAAAUUGGACAGCUUCUAAUCAGGUGCACGCUGUAGAGCUGGUGCUAGCAGACCAGUUUAGAAAUGUCUGUGGCAUGAAUUUACAGAACAAUAAUCUCAUGUCUUUCAGUGGUUUAAUCUUCCUUCCUAAUGCUAAGGUAUUGUGUCUGAACUACAGUCAUAUUGAAUCAAUACUGCCUGGACAAAAGCUCCCAAAUCAGGUAACAAAUAGGCAGCAGCUGUACUGAAACCUGGCCUCUCAUGGCUAUGGACAGGAAGGACUUGCCAAAGAAAGCAAGAAUGCAGAAUUUGAAGAAAACCUGCCCCUGAUAAUGCAGAGUUUGGAAGAUUUUCAUCUAGGCUAUAAUGGAAUUACUAACAUGGCCCAGCUACAGCUUAGCAGGCUAAAAAACUUGAAACUUCUGUUUUUGCAGAGUAGAAACCAAAUUAGCCAAAUUGAAGGACUUGAAGGUCUCAAAUUUCUGCAGAAGUUGCUAUUGGACCAUAACCACAUUAAAAUGAUUUCACAAGGUUUCCUUGCUAGUCAGAAUGGUCUUUUGACUCUUCAUCUGGAGCAAAACCAAAUACAAGAACUGAAUAGUUUACAACCUGUGGUAAAAUUGUAGAAACUCUUUCUGGACUUCAACAGAAUUCAAGAAUCAUCUGAACUAGAAAAACUUCAAGUUAUUCCCAGUCUUAAGGUGCUCUCAAAACACAGAAAUCCAAUGAGUAUAUUCAUUUGCACUGUUAAAUAA